GGUGUGGAUAAGCACUCAUUUAUAGGAUGGAUUUCAGUGUCUGGAGUAGAAUGAAUUAGAUCAGUAGUUAAAGCCAUCAGACGGUAACGUCCAAACGAUGUUAUGACGUUGGAACAAGAGCCAGUCAAAGCACGAGGUUACAGCGUAUAAUUUUGCUCAAGAUCAUGGAUUUGUCGUCGGACACGCAUUUGAGUCGUGUUUCAGCUAAUGAUCAGUGAAUCUAUUCUGAAGGGGAGCCAGUACUAGGAAAAGUUGGCUUGUGCACGUAUCCCACGUGUUGUUGGCUAACACCACCUUUCUGUGUCUUCUGGUCCGGGCCACUGAAGCGAAUGUUUAAAACCUUUUACGUUUACCGAUAACCUGCAAAUACACAUGCGCAUAACCACUGUCUCCCACGAGGGUGCCCUGGGGAAAUGUGUAAUUUGUACACUAGGGAUUUGCUUUCCGUCUCAAAAAGGCAAAUAUCACACACAAAGGAAGCCAUGCCGUCAGUAAUGGAGAAGACUGGGUCAGGUGUUCUGUCCCGAAGCAGGGCUAAGAAUGUUACCAAUGGCAACAGCCAGCAUUCUGAGGAGGAGAGCAGUGACGAGGAGCACGCACACGACAGCAUGAUUCGAGUUGGAGGGGACUAUCAAGCUCAGAUUCCAGAAUUCAAACCUGGUAACGAUCUCUUUGAGUGGAGCGCAGGGGGGUGGGUUAGUGCAACAAAGUGUAAUGGUGAAACAGAUACAGACAGUCCUGCUCGCUUCAGUGAAAAGGAUCAGAGGAGCAUGCUGGUCUGGUCGCCCAGCACUAUGGUAUCUGAUGCAAAGUUGGAUGAAUAUAUUCUGAUGGCGAAGGAGAGACAUGGAUACAACAUGGAACAGGCCUUGGGAAUGCUGCUUUGGCACAAGCAUGAUGUGGAGAAGUCCCUGGCUGACCUGGCUAACUUCACGCCCUUCCCAGAGGAGUGGACAGUGGAGGACAAGGUGCUGUUCGAGCAGGCCUUCAGCUUCCACGGCAAGAGCUUCCACCGAAUCCAGCAGAUGCUGCCGGACAAGCUGAUCACAAGCUUAGUGAAGUACUAUUACUCUUGGAAGAAAACACGGACCCGCACCAGUGUGAUGGACAGACAGGCCCGGAGACUGGUGAGCAAGAGGGAGAAGGACGACAGUAAUGAUGAGAUGGAAGGAGGAGAUGCUGGGAGUGACAGUGACUUUGAAGUGGACACUAAAAAAGAGGUUCCGAAGCAGAGUACCAGCAGUGGAGGGGGAGGGGAAAAGGGGAGUUCUGGAAGGUGUGGUCCAGUUAGAAAGGAGAACCAGGGGUCACAGUACCGACAUCAUCCUCUCCGGGCUCGUCGACGCCCCCCAAAGGGAAUGCACCUGAUCCAGCAGGACAUCUCAUCCUUGUCUGCAUCCCCUGAGACAGGGACCGUGUCCCUCAGGCAGCUGGACAUGCAGCUGGUGUCUUUAAAGAGACAGGUGCAGAGCAUCAAGCAGGUUAACAGCAGCCUCAAGCAAGAACUGGAAGGAGGAAUCGACGCCAUGCGGCCAUCCGAGCCAACCCCCAAGAUAAACUCCCGCUGGGCCACGGAGGAGCAGCUGCUGGCUGUGCAGGCUAUCAGGCGUUAUGGCAAAGACCUGGCAGCCAUCGCCGAGGUCAUCGGGAACAAGACGGCGUCCCAGGUGAGCUCCUUCUUCGCCAGCUACCGGCGUCGUUUCAAUCUGGACGAGGUGCUGCGGGAGUGGCAGGCGGAGCAGGAGGUGCAGGCCGGGACCACCGAGGAGGCCAAGGGAGCGGCAGUGGCAGGAGGAGGGGUGUCGGGGAGCACUGAGGAUGAGGAGGUGCAGAUCAGUGGCGCUCUCCUUCCUUCUCCUCCAUCCCUGGGCAGCAGUACCAACACUAACUCACACUCCAACCAAACUCCACCUCCUCUAUCUCAACCACCCCCGUUGCUGCGCCCCGGGCCUCCACCAGCCACUCCUAGCUUACUCCGCCAGCCCCCACCCCUGCAGACUCGCCCCCUGCAAACCCGCACCCCUCACAACCACCCCCCUCCACCCCUCAUUCGGCCUGCCAUCAAUUCCACCCUCCACCGAAACGCUAACAUCAGUUCAUCUCCCUCCAUGAUUACCCAGAUACCACCCUCCUUGGUGGGACUAAAAGUAGAACCGUCACACUCUCACUGACGGGGAGGGGGGGGAAGGGGGAGGUUUACACAGGGCCAUUAUAGAGAUGGGCAUUUUGAGUGACAGAAGACCAUCACACACAUUGGUCUUAUGGUAACUAGUGCGUACUCAUCCCUCUACCUCUUCCCCCACAUGGACAACACAGCCAUCCAGGAUCUGCACCACAUAAUUCCUUCCAAACCGCUGCCCCCCCAAUGAAGACAAACUAUAGCUGCAGGCCCGGCUAAGAGUUCUGUUACUGCUCCCUGGGGCAAAUGGAACACACCCACUUUUUUUUUUUUUUUUUACCCCCAAGGCGGCCAUAUGUUCACACAGGUUCCGUUAACUGUCCUGUUGCUGUGAAAAUAACCAAAAACCUUAAAACAAAAAUAUACACUGGAUUGUAAAAGGCAGGAUUGGCCUCAGCUUGUUGCCAUGGCAACAUCAGGACCCUUCCGCGGGCAGGUUUCCUGAGACGGAGGAGCACUGUGAAUGUUGGGAUGUUAAUCAAAGUGAAAGGAAAGGAGGAUCAGUUUCAUCUAGAUAAACAUUAAGUAGCUCUGUGCUGUUCCCAGUACACUGGGGGGAAAGGCAUUAGAAACAUUCUCUACCUUUUUAGAUAGUGUAGGAAUAAAGAAAAGCACUACUCUAAUACUUGAUCCAAACACUGACACACUAAACUUGCAAUCAUGCACAAACACUUCUGCUGUCAAACACUGAUGUGAGGAAUCGCAGUAAGCAUACAGCAUUAGUUACCUUUUUACAUUUUUGUGAAGGUGUGUAUGUGAAUUGUAUACAUGUUAGACUGGAAUUGCUUGUGACUUUUUUAUAUAUAGAAUAAAGGUAAAUUUGCAUUGUU